GGAAAUUCUCUGCUGUGAACUUUGUAUCUAAUGCUGCCUGCUGGCACAGCCCUGGUGAACGUACAUCAACACAACACCAGCAACAGAAGGAACAAAACACAGACGAAGCAACGGCAACGAGGAGCUUGCUGAAAGAUUUAACCCUCAUACUGGCUGCUAAUUAAAAUGGCCACUUCAUAUGGCCCGUUGUUGUCUGAAGUGGUUGUGCUGCUAGUUGGUGAGAAAAAAAGUGGGAAGAGCUCAGUGGGAAACAUCAUCCUCGGCAGAAGGGCAUUUAACCAAAACACUUCUCGAAGCAGCAAGAAGAGCAGCAAAAACCUGGGAAUACAGGUGGCCGUGGUGGACACCCCAGGGUGGUCGUCCAACUUCCCCACACCAGACGUGUCCAAGGAGUUCCUCAGAGGGCUGACUCUCUGCCACCAGGUGCCUCCUGUCAUCCUACUGGUGCUGCCCAUCCCUAACCCCUUCGGAGAGGAGGAGUGGAGGGCUAUGGAGGCCCAGCUACAGCUGUUUCAAACCCCCAUCUGGCAUCAAGCCAUGGUCCUGUUCACCCGCGGAGACCACUUAGGAGGCCUGAACAUCCAGGAGUAUAUAAGGCGACAGGGUCUGAUUGUCCAAUGGCUGCUGGAGCGAUGCAGGAACAGGUACUAUGUCGUCAACAACCAGCCCGGUGCUCAGGAAACAGAGCUCCUUUUGAAGAUCCUGAUGAUCAUGGGGAUUACAAAGCAUCCCAAUUCACUCCAGUGCAGUUCACACACCCAGCUCAGACGAGAUGUGAGCGCGAGAAUUCAGGGGGGCAGGCCGAUACAGCAAGAGAAGAUAGAAAUGACAGAGAUGCAUGACGGGAGACCAGGACCAAGAAAGCAGAUGAGCUCAAGACGUCAGUACGCGCCCGCAGGUUUCGUUGUGAGCUCAGCUGGUUUGAAAAGGCCUCUUAGCCUCGUCCUCCUGGGAAGGAGAAAGUCAGGGAAGAGCUCAGCUGGCAACAUGAUCCUGGACAGAGAAGAGUUUGCGACUGACCUUAAGACCACUAGGUGCUCUGCAGGACACGGGCAGGUAUCACGGUGGUCUGUGACGGUGGUGGACACCCCGGGUUGGAGCAUGUACAGUCUGGCCGACCCCAAGCAGGUCAAGGAGGAGAUGAGUCUGAGCCCUUCUCUCUGCCCUGCAAAAAGCAAAGUGACGUUCCUGCUGGUUCUACCCGUGGACUCAUUCGGGGAGAAGGACAGGAAAGCUGUGGAGAAGUACCUCAGCCUUUUAGGGGAGGAGGUCUGGAGAAGCACUGUGGUGCUGUUUACCUAUGGAGAUGUUUUGAGAGGACAGACAGUUGAGGAGCACAUCUUGGAAAAGGGAGAGCCCCUGCAGUGGGUGCUCAACAGAUGCAACAACCAAUAUCAUGUGUUUGAUUCAUAUAAAGAAGACAGGACUCAAGUGAAUGAGCUGCUGGAGUUGGUGGAGCAAUUGUAAGUUUUACAUGAAUCAACUUGACCAUGACUGCUCUGAAUCAGCCAUGAAGCAGAGAAUGUUGCCCUAACCCUUCUUCUUCUUCUUCUUAGCCAUAAUUAGCGUUUCAGUCCAGAGUUGUGCCACUAGGGGGCAGUAAAAACGCGUGACCUGGUGAUCCUGUGUUCUUGUUAUAAAAUCUGUACACUGAAGUCUUAUAUAGUAUUUGUAUAGAAAAUUAUUCCUAAAUUCUCUUAUAUGGCAGUCCAUAUUUUCAAGAGAUUUUUGUCUUACACUGAACCGAUCUAUCCUCACAUCUCUGCAUGUUUAAAUUAAGACCAUUCGCUUCUUUCUUAAAUAUUUUGGUUUGUGGAUACCAUUUUACAACUGUUGUCAUUAUUCCAUAUUAUUGUUCAAUAUUAUUGCUUCAAACUAAAUUAUAAAUAUAAAGUAUUUAUAGAA